AGCAGCGGCGGCUGAGGAACAUCGUGAAGAAGAUCGACGCGGACGCGGACGGGCUGCUCAGCGAGGAUGAGCUGAGCUCCUGGAUACAGCAGUCUUUUAAGCAUUAUGUUACACAAGAAGCAAAGCAACACUUCAGUGACUAUGACAAAGACGGUGAUGGAUUGGUGUCUUGGAAGGAGUAUAACUUGCAAAUGUAUGAUCGUGUAAUUGAUUUUGAUGAGGACACUGUCCUGGAGGAUCAAGAGGAAGAGUCAUUUCGCCAGGAGAAAAAACGUUUUGAGAAAGCUAAUAGAGAUGAUGUUCCUGCUCUAAAUGUGGAUGAAUAUAUUGCAUUUGAACAUCCUGAAGAAGUGGAGUACAUGACGGAUUUUGUCAUUCAGGAGGCUUUAGAAGAACAUGAUAAAGAUGGUGAUGGAUUUGUUAGCCUGGAAGAAUUCCUUGGUGAUUACAGAAGAGACCCAACUGCAAGGGAAGAUCCAGAAUGGAUACUGGUUGAGAAGGACCGGUUUGUGAAUGACUAUGACAAGGAUCACGAUGGAAAACUCAGCCCUCAAGAGCUGCUGUCUUGGAUAGUACCCAACAAUCAGGGUAUUGCACAGGAGGAGGCUCUGCACCUCAUUGAAGAGAUGGAUUUGAAUGAUGAUAAAAAACUUUCUGAAGCAGAAAUUCUUAAGAACCAGGAUUUGUUUCUUAACAGUGAAGCUACAGAUUAUGGUAGGCAGCUUCAUGAUGAACGUUUUUACCAUGAAGAACUUUAGAUUAUUUAUUUUGUAAUCUCUUUUCUUCCCUUUCUUUCAUUUGGAGCUUUUGUUAAAAGCACUCAUCAGCUGCAUUGCAAGUUUUAUGCUGUAAUUACAGUACACUAAUGUUUGUGUAAAUAAUUUGCAUUCAAAAUUUAAUUGCCCUCCUGCAAACUUCCUGGGCCUCUUCUAGUCUUCAAAAUUAAUCUGAAAUAUAAUACUUGCUAUCAAAAUUCUGUAGUGUUGGGAAAUAAAUUACUUCAGGGUAGUACUGUAUUGUGAAGAGUUGUUCUACUGUACUUGAAGAAAAUGGAGAAUAUAGAUGGUUCUGAAAGAAUGCAAAAUAUAGUAACUGAGACUACUAUUUUUCUAAUCAAUUAAAUUAGGGCAGAGUGUGGGGAAAGUGGGGGAUGUUUAGAGUUAGUAUUAACUGUGUGUUGUUUAAUACCUUUGGAGAAAUACUUAGAUAAAUGCCUCAGUUGUUUAAGAGGUUUCUACUUGAUUUUGAAUGGUUUCUAUUUUUACAUCUAUAGACAAUUAUUUUUAAUGUACAGUUGUAGAGCAUUAGCAAUACAGUUGUAUUUUACUGUAUCGAGACCCUCUUCAUUUGUUGGAUUAAAACUUAAAAUGUUCUGUC